AUGUGGAAAAAGAGUCCAGCUGCAACCGGGCCAGUCUCAUCCGCUCGUCAGCAUGAACUAUCCAGACAAUUACCCGUCUUGGCACAGCUGCAACUGGAUUUUCACCGUGAGUUCCCUUGCGUCUCUUCCGUUCAAAGUGCCACAGUAACAACUGGAUGGCACGGUUCUCGACAGUGCUUCUCCGACAUGACGCUCCAAUGUGCCGACUUUCAACUUCCCGAUACCCCUCUGUGCUGGCAGUCGGCCUUCCUCUACGGUGACAAAAGGGCAUGUGGAACAUCAAAUCCUUUCAAAAAUCCGGUGAAUGUGGGGAAGAGUUUCACGGCGAUCCUCUACGCUGCUCUUGCGAGUGGACCAGGAUUCGACUGUAGUGUCACAUGCGGUCAAAGCUCAACUCCUCCUUGUAAAUGCGGAAUCCCUGCGAGCCCCCCUCCGAGCGGCAAGAGAUCUGUCGAUGUCCGAACCAACGCGACCGAUCCCAACCUGGACCGGAUUUGGGUGGGAUUUGCCGUUCCUUACGAGGGUAAGUAUCCCUGGAUGGCACACUUCCAAGAUAAAGGAGAAUUCUGUGGGGGUACCCUCAUCAAUGAUCGAUACGUCCUCACUGCAGCUCAAUGCACCAGCUUUGGAAACAGUUUUGGCACUGCACUCUACCGAGGUGCUGCUCUUGAGCUGCCUUGUCGCUGGCACUGCUGUGUCAACCUGACUCGAUGUCACCAUCCUGAUGACUCUGCGCUUGUCGGCGGCAGAAAGCUUGGAUGGACGCCCACCAUUGCUCUUUCAUGCGUCGGGUCUGACUUGAGAACGCACCCGGGAUACGGUGCUAUAGCUUAUGCCAAGCUGGGCUGCAAUUCGACGCGUCGAGAGGCCAUGGUCGAGAAGUNCAAGCUGGGCUGCAAUUCGACGCGUCGAGAGGCCAUGGUCGACGACCCCCCUCCGAGCGGCAAGAGAUCCAUCGAUUUCCGAACCAAUGCGACCGAUCCCAACCUGGAUCGGAUUUGGGUGGGAUUUGCCGUUCCUUACGAGGGUAAGUAUCCCUGGAUGGCACACUUCCAAGAUAAAGGAGAAUUCUGUGGGGGUACCCUCAUCAAUGAUCGAUACGUCCUCACUGCAGCUCAAUGCGUCGAUCAGAGCCCAUCCGACACUUUCUAUGUGACCCUUGGAGAUUUGGACUGGUCGACGAAGACCGAAAGUCAAUCCAUUCGGCUGCCGGCACGGGCCAUCAUCCACCCUCAGUACGACCCAGUUUCCAAAGUGAACGACGUCGCUCUGCUCAAGCUCAAUUCUCCGGUGGACUUCCAGGCUUUCCCUCGCAUCCGUCCCAUCUGUAUUUCUGUCUAUGCCUUGCCAAUUCCGGGACUAAUCGGCAGAAUCGCGGGAUGGGGUUACGAUGGCGGACCGGGGAUCAGCACGGUGAUGAAAGAGCAGACAGCGACCAUCUUGAGGGAGGUGGAAUGCAAGAACAAUCAGGGCACCCUCGUCAACGAUAACAACUUCUGUGCGAAUGCAGCAGGAAGAAACUUCUGUAACGGCGACGUCGGCGGACCGUUCAUGCUCGAAACCGAGGCUGGCUUCUACCAACAACUCGGAAUCAUUUCCUCGACCAGCAAGGAAUGCUACAACGGCGUUGGAGGAGUCUACAUGAAGACAGCGAAUUACGUGAACGGGUUCAUCAUGCCCAACACCCAGGAUGCCGUUUGGUGCUCUGCCGCCGAGCGCUGAGUCUCUUCUUAGAAUUCGGUUUUGAGAAGCAUGAAAGAUAAAACGUUCAUUAAUGG